CUUCUUAAUAUUUGCUGUUCACCUAUUUCAAUAAAAAUUAAUGUAAUUAUUUCCUAAUUUAUUUAAUAAUAAUGUCUAAUUUAACCACAGACGGCAAAAUAUGCAUUGAACGUGAAAUAUCUAUUGCAAAUGAGAGCAAUGAUUUUGAAGAUAUUGUACCACGUUUUUAUGUCGAGGAAACAUGCAAGUGGAUUGUAGAUAAUAAUUUUUUGAAGAUCUGCCUUCAGUUCCCUGAUGACUUAUUGUGUGUGAGUGUGGCCAUUUAUGAGGAGAUAAAGAAAAGAGUGGGUGUUGACUUAUAUAUUCUGGGUGAUACUUCAUAUGCAAGCUGUUGUGUGGACACAGUGGCUGCUAUGCAUGUACAAGGGAAUGCAGUGGUUCAUUACGGCCACACUUGUUUCUCCAAGACCAACCUUCCUGUUUUCAUAGUGCUUCCAAGAGGAGACCUCAACAUUGAUGGGACAAUAAAUAAUUUGUUCAAUAACUUCAAUUCUGACAGCAACAACAGUUUAUGCCUGUUUUAUGAUACUGAAUUUGAGCAUUGUAAAGAUGAAAUAUCAAAGUGCUGGUAUCAAAGGUACCCUAAAAGUUAUAUUGCUUAUAUAGAAAAAGAGGAGACACCGGAGAGGUUCCUAGGAAGAGUAGUUAAAGAUGUAGAGGGAACAGUGUUACCUGUUGAAACACUCAGGGAUUGUAUAUGUAUUCACAUUGGAACUAGAACCCAAACACUUUUUAAUUACACAAUAUCUGUUGAAGCAAAAGAAUGGUAUUCACUAGACCCAGAAACUGGUAAAGUUGAACAUAAAGAUGAAACAUCGUGGGUCAAACGGAGGCGGUUUCUUGUGGAGAAAUGUAAAGAUGCCAAUGUUGUUGGUAUUCUGGUCUGCAAAUUGGCUGGAAACCAGACUAAGGAUAUAAUAAACAGGAUGAAGCAGCUUUGUCGUGUGAAUGGCAAGAAAAGUUACAUCGUAUCUGUCGGCAAACCGAAUGUUGCCAAACUAGCGAAUUUUCCAGAGAUUGAUAUUUAUGUAAUGAUCGCAUGUCCUGAAAACGACCUGUAUAGCAGUAGGGAUUUUUACAAACCAAUUGUGUACCCUUACGAGUUAGAAGUAGCUCUAAAUUCUAAUCGACCACCUUAUUUUGCAAAUCACGUCACAGACUACGACGACCUACUGCCUGGCAAGAGGCAUUACUGUGAAAUUAACCAAGUAGAAGAGGGCACCGAUGUUAGUCUGGUUACAGGAAGAAUAAGGGAGAUUAAAGUAGGCAACCACAAUGAUACAAGCACAGAAUUAUCAGAGAAACAAAACUGGGCAUUGGAAAAUAUUGGAGGGAAUUUACAAGAACGCACAUGGAAAGGUCUAGAACAGAAAUUGGGGGAAACAGAAGUGAAAAAGGCUGAAGAAGGUAGAGGCGGAAUACCACUACAAUACAAGAAUGAACCCAAUUGAAACAAACUGUAUUAAUAAAAUUUAUUUACACACAUACUCUCCUUUUAAAGAAUUAGUUGUACAGCAACAAAUAUUCCAAAACAAUUGAAUUAUUGGAAAAUGACCUAUGUUAUCUAUGGCUUCUUUAACUUGAAAUUGUAAAUGUAUAUUGUUAAUAAAGCUAUGUUUCAGUAUUACCAAUUUUUUUUUUAUGUCAGUAAACAUGAAUCUUUCGUACAAAUGACAUGUAACAAAACUACUACUAAAAUGGAAUAAACUUUUGAGCCAUAUA